AUGUAUGCAGAUGGCCCUCAUUUGACUUACGCAAGUAACGAUAUUGAUGACAUUGAUCAUCACUUCAACGAAGAUCUUGCUAAAGUCAGUGAGUGGUUAGUAGCCAACAAACUUACUUUAAACCAAUCUAAAACAGAAUUUAUGCUAAUCGGCUCCCGUCAAAGGAUUAGUACUUUCAACUCUAGUCCUUCACUGACAAUAAAUGACGUACCAAUUAAACAAGUCUCUCACACAAAGUCACUUGGUGUACAUUUAGACGAGAACUUGAUUUGGAAUGUUCAUAUCGAGAAAUUAUGCAAAAAAGUCGCUUCUGGCAUAGGUGCAUUAAAGCGUAUAAGGCCAUUCGUCCCACCUUCCACAAUGCAACUUAUUUACAAUUGCUUAGUUCAACCCUGUUUCGAUUACUGUUGCGUUGUCUGGGAUAGUUGCGGCAGCACUCUUGCGAAUAAACUGCAAAAACUCCAAAAUCGAGCCGCUAGAGUACUUACUUCAUCUAAUUAUGAUACAAAUGCUGAAUAUCUAAUUCAAAAAUUGAGCUGGAAAGACCUUGAAUCUCAGCGAAAAAUUGCCAAAGCUAUAAUGGUCUAUAAAUCUCUUAAUGGUUUUGUGCCAGACUACCUGUCUGAAAUGUUUGUUGAUCGAAGUAGCGUAACAAAUUAUACAUUGAGAGACACCAGUAGAAAAUUAGCUUUAGCUCAACCACGCACAAAUUACCUGAAAAAUAGUUUUAGCUAUAGUGGUUCUGUGCUGUGGAACUCCCUUCCGGUUGAGUUGAGACAGUCUAACUCAUUACGUAAAUUCAAGUCAGACUGCAGCAACUUUAUACAUUAGUCAAUAAUUUUAGAUUUUUAUAUUAAUAUAUUAGCACGGCACUUAUGGAAAACAGGUAUUCUUGUAAUAUAUAAUUAGUAUUAGUAUAGUAUGUAUACAUAAUCAGUAUCUUAAUUAACUUUUAUAUUCUGUAAUCUGUAACUAUAUUGUAUUCUCUUAUCAUCUUUUAUGUAAAAUCCUGAUAAGUCUACCGUGGGUAAAUAAAGUUCACAACACAACACAACACAACGCAACACAACACAACACAACACAACACAACACAACACACUCCCCGUUUGAAUUAAAUUUACACACAACACUAUAUUCGCAACUAUUCGACGACUAUUUUUUUAUGCGGAUACUGCGGAUACUGGCAUUCUCCUGUCACCAACCGAAACCGAUACUGUUUCAAUGUUGAAAAGUGUUACAGUCAGCUACUUCUGUUAUUUGCUCUGAUCCACUUAUCUGGGGAAAACGUCCAAGUUGAUAUUAAACGUGAUGCCUGCAGCCUUUUAACUGCUUUAUUAAUUAUAUUUAACUAUUUAAACAAAAUGACCAAUUUUAUAAAAGAUGUGGGAAUCAGCUACAGCUUAAACAAUAAUAAUGCAGAGUCAAUCACUAAUUUUUCCUCAGUUAUAAUUAAACCGUGUAUGCAUUUAUUUCCGAGUUUUAGAAGGACUGGUGAUCUUGCAGCGUGCGCUUACAUGUGCAAAAUGGAAUGUUUCAGGAUAGAAUAUUAUACAAUACAAAACAAAACAAAACACGAAACGUCGAAAUAAAUUUUUCGGAGUAUCUAAUAAAUAAAUCGGAGUAUCUAUUGUUUUGUAUUUUAUCAAAAUACUCAGUGGUUCCGGUAAUUAAAGAAUAUUAUACCUUUUUGGGGUUUCAAACACUUCAUUUUAUAAUUAUUUCAUUAACUGGCAUUGCUAUUACCAACUUUUGUGCCUUCCAUCUUUCGGGAGCUAUUGUGCUAUAAUAUCUGAUAUAUGCUGGUGUUAUAAGAACAACAACUGUCAUAAGAAAGAGACGCUUAAUUAUCGCGAGGAAUCUCAAAGAUUAAGGAGUAUUCCCAUACUCUAAUUUUCUUUUCAACUAUAUAGUCGCAUUCAGCCCUGCAAUCGAGUGGAGAUCACUCGGUUAACAUAUCGAUUUUUUCCUUAACCCAUGCACGUCUUCAUAUUUUCAGAUAAUAUAUCGCGUCGUGUAGCGUGAUAGGAAACACUUGCAUUAAAUGUCACAAAAAAAUAUUAUUAGAUUAAUUAUACCUUUCUAUUAAACCAACUAUUUUUAUACAAGUUGUCAUCAAUGUCAUCAAUAUUAGCUUGCAAAGUUCAAAUUGCGCCAAUACGGAUAGGAUGUAUAUCUUUAUGUGUGCGACUGUAAAUUCGAUAGAUAGCAACCUACAGUGCCUAAAAUGGAUUUAUGCGAGGAUUUACGUAGCUUAAAAGAUUAGGACGACAUCAGAAGUGAGAAGACAUCGUAAGGUUAGCGUAUAUUCCUGGUGGUCAACUAGUUACUGCAUGUAUGCCGAUUAAAUAUUUAUAAUUUAUUUCUGAUUUCUAUGAAGAAAGUAAAAUAGGAGGCCACCAGGAAAAGUUGUGUGUAUUAAAGUGUUCCAAGCUAUAUAUCAUUGCAUUUCCCAACUAGAAUAAUUUUUUGGGGGAAAACAGCCUUAUAUACUGUAUAGCUGUGUGACUUGUUGCAUGUUAAAUGUAGCCUAUAUAUAGUAAAGACGUUUUAAAUAGCGAUGUUGUGAUUGCGCGAAAACAUAAAAGGGAAUAGGUCUUCUUGAUUAGGCUUGUAAACAGAUGUACUAUAUCCAUAUAUAGUAUAUAUAGUUCAUUUUAAGGAGUGCAUUCACAUUUUUCAUCAGUACCAAUAUAUCGUCAUUAUUCUUAUCUGCAUUCUGCACGCAAUUUACCUUAUAAUUGCUGCGUGCUGUGUUUUAUAUUUGCCGUUCAAACUGUUUAUUUUCAUGGUUUAAAUACCUUUAGGUCUUGACCAUUUACUAUUAUGUUAGUAUAACACAUCGUAAUAAAUCACCAUUGUGACCGCAUCUUUGCCUAAUAUUCAGCAGCGAAUUAUGAAUUGAUUACGGAAAAUAUCAUAAUGGCGAUAAUUCAACAACCAGCAUGUAGGCCUACUUUGCAUUUUAGACCUGCCGUGUUUCACAGGCUAUAGUAUAGACGGAAUGGACGCCCGAUUUUAAUUCGACAGAAAUGUGUCCACAAUAUCAAACAAGUCAUAAGCCAUAGGCUAUAAUUGAGACAAUAGCACUCGCGGCGACAGGUUCGAUCGACACAGAUAAUGUAUCGUUCUAUAGCUGUUGUGUAUUUAAUAGUUAGCGUUGCAUGCUCAAACCGUGAUCGCUAAAUCCCAACAAUAUAUAUAUUAUCAGCUCGCGAGUUCAUACUCUUUUUUUCCAACUUUGGAUUGUGCUAUUUUAUAGUGUUCUUGUCUGGCUAUUUUCAUGCCUAAUCUUAUUAUACCACGUUAAUUAAUUUAAUUUCCUUUUUGAAAUUACGCAUCACGAAAAAAUUGUCAACAAAUCCUAUACGCAAAAUUUCUUACAUAUAGGGACUAUAUUCAUGUUUCGUAUAUGUGUAUACUAUGCAUUUAGUUUUAGGACUAUUAUAUAUAUAUAUAUAUAUAUAUAUAUAUAUAUAUAUAUAUUGCGCAUAGUCGCGUUCAGAGUAGAAAGGUGACGUAAGUCCCAGGUCGGCUAUGUGAUAUAGCUAUAAAAAUAUCCCCGCAUGUCUCCGGUAUAAACUGAUUGUCUCUAGACUUAGCGCAAAACCGCUUUGGGGCUUUGAUUUUGUUAGUAUCGAAAUCGACAAAACUUGGAACGUUUAUAAACACCAAAGUGAUCUAUUUUGUUUCUGCAUGCUUAUGCACGCAUCUAGAUAAAUGCGUGGUUCAGUUUUCAGUGUAUACUGACGUUUUUGUAUAUUGUUCACCGCUUUAUACCAGUCUGUUUGUCAGAUCCGUUGAAACGGUGGGCGAAUGCCGUUCAAACGGUUUCUUGAUUUCGUUCGAACGGUUUGUUAAUACCGUUCGUAAAGGCGUUAAAUUUUUUGUGUUCAUCCGUUCGUAUUUUUCACUCAAAACGUCUAAAACGUUUUGACGAUCCGUUAAAACGAUUUGACAAAGCGUUUACUAUCCGUUCGUUAUCCGUUUUUUUGCCCGUUUUAAUGCCAAAUCGUUAACGUACCUUUUCCCAAGGAAGGUCAUAAAUAUGCAACAAUAUGAAAUGAUGGAACUAGGCGUAAAGUUAACAAGCUAUUCUAUUAUGUUGUUUUAUUGCGCUAGUUCACCUUCUAUUUCCUUUACCAGGAGGAAAUACGACAACACCUUUUGCAGUUACACCGCCAACAAGUAAGUUAUUGAAAAUUGUAUAGUUAAAAUAAUUAAGUUUACCUUCUGUUUGCUAGUUUACCUUCUAUUUGUUUAAUAUAAUUUCUAGUAACAACACCAGAAGGAAAUACGAAAACACCUUCUCCAACUACAUCACUUAACCCAACAGGUAAGUUAUUGAAAAUUGAAUGGUUAGAAAAUAAAAAGAGGUUUAUUUUUUGUUUUCUAGUUUACCUUCUAUUUGUUUAAUAUAAUUUCCAGUAAGAACACCAGGAGGAAAUACGACAACUCUGUCUCCCGUUCCUUUAUCUACACUAACAGGUAAGUAA